CUCACAUCGCGUCGUCAUUUUGGGCAGUUAACAUCCUCUUUUUCCAAGUAACUCAAAUAAAGACAACAAAAACCAGUUGAUGGAUAACGUUCUUCAAUUGUCCUUUUAUCUGUAAACUACCACCAAAACAUAUAACUAUUACUAUUUAUUAUGAAUGUGAUCAUUUAGUAGGCCUAUGUAUUUUUUUUUAUGUGUCCGAAAAUAGAAAACUUUCUUUCCUGCGAGCACAAAUUCGUAAAAAAAUAUUUUGACUUUUAAACUUCACGCUCCUGUGCGCAAGUGAAACCACAACAGAACUUGGCUCUCAGAGCGGGCAAUUCAAAGAUCAAUGUUCGGUAAAUUUUGAUACCAUUACUAGAGGUGCUGUUUUUGCUCAUUAUUAGGGAAUCCUUGCAUAAUUUCAUUCUCAAAAUCACUGUUUUUCAGUACAAGACAUCUCCAGUAGGAUCAAUUUGAUGAGCUAACAGGACUCAGUAUUCCCUGUAUUCUGUGAAAACGUGUCGCACUGCACGAUAACCAAUAUUGUUACACGAGGACUCCCUAAAGAUUCAUGACCGACUGAUCAGAAGAGAUUUCACCUUGAGAACUUUUUUUGGUGUAACCAUGUCUUGGACCAUCAGGCAGUAUCAGAUGUCUGUGUUUCUCUCCAUGUAUGUUGGAUACUUGGGGUAUAAUCUAAACAGAAGAUCCCUUAGUUACAUAAUGCCAGCCUUUAUGAAAGCCGAAGGAUUGGACAAGAGUGAUUUAGGUUUAAUCAGUAGCAGCCUGAUGAUCGCGUACGCAAUAAGUAAACUUAUUGGUGGAGUUCUAUCUGACCAGAUCAACCCAAAGCUACUCUUUAUCAGUGGACUUAUGUUGUCAGGAUUUGCUACUUUUAUCUUUCCAUAUGGUGGUGUCUUGCCAAUGUAUUGUGCCUUGCAGUUUCUGAAUGGCUUUGCUCAGGGAGUCAGCUGGCCAUCGUGUGCUAAGCUACUUAGAAAGUGGUAUGCUCCAUCCCAGUUGGCCACCUGGUGGGGUAUCUUGUCAUCAUCCUCCAACCUCGGAGGAAGUGUUGCACCAAUCAUUGUCUCCUAUAUGAUCCAGCAUAUGGGUUGGGUGUCAUCAGUGCAGUCAUUGGGCUGUCUGACUGUCGUCCUCCCGUUAGUUUUCAUCUUCACCAUGUGGGGUUCACCAAAGGAUGUCGGGCUGACAGACUUCCCCACGGGACAUGAAGACAUUGGUCCAGUGGAUUCAGGAGAGGACAGUCAGAAUGAUAAAAAAGCUCCUACAAAACCCUCAGAGACUGGUACCAUUGUAUGGCUUGAUCUUCUGAAGAAUCCUUACCUUCUGCUGUUGACUGCUGGAUAUAUGUUGGCAGGCUUGAUCCGGGCAAGUUGCAAUGACUGGGGACAAUUACUGCUCAUGCAGCAGUAUGGCCAUACUCAGUACAUGGCGAGUGCAUUCAACAGUAGUUUUGAAGCUGGUGGAUUGACAGCGUCAUUUGUAACUGGGUACAUUGCUGAUAGAUUAAUGAAGUCUCGAAAAAGUGAUGUUGGUAGCCCCAGGAUGCUGGUGGUCAUCGGCUCUCUUCUUAUCACUGGCGUCUUCCUGUUUUUGCUGGGAUUUUUCACAAGCUCAGAGUCGAAUUAUGUUUUUGUUACGUUCGUCAGUUUUAUGAUUGGUGGUGGAGUUUUCUCUUUGGUGACACUAUACGGUGUGAUGUCCACAGAGGCCAGCCCUCCAGAGCUCAGUGGAACAGCCCAUGCUAUAGCAGCACUGGGAGCCAACAGUGGCUAUGUCCUCGGUGGCUACCCAGUGACGCUGAUAGCAAAGUAUAUUGACUGGACCGGUGUGUUCAUCAUGUUAUCUGUUGCUACUCUUGCUAUGAUGAUCAUCACAGCUUUGUUGAGAGAUCUUCAAUCUCCCGUUCGUGCACGGAGUAUGGACAAGAAAACAAACUAAAACAUGGUGCAAGUCCGGCUGCAGCGACAGUGACAGUUUGUGUUAGGCUGAGUUUGCAUACAGUUCACGUUGUCACUUGUAAUGUGUCAAUUUUCAUAUGACAUGACAAAAUAAACAUGUCUAUGCCAAAGAGGGGGCUGCAUAUGAUACACAACAUCAGUCUUCACCCUCAUGUAUUGUCAUGUCAUGUUUUAAAGGCCUGAGUCAGUGAAUGAACAUGCUUGCGACAGGAGACAAUAUGAAUCCUAUGUUAACCAGCCUAAAAGAUGUUUUUAUGACUGAAAAUGGUCUCAUUUUAUAGUCUCAUUUGGACAAUCUUUAGAUGGUGCUGUACAGGGUGAACCAAAUCGUAGCUCAAACUGAUCAUUAAUUUUCUUUGACUUCACUGUAGUAUACAAGACCAAAGAAUAGAAAAAAUGUAUUGUCAAAGUGAUCAUAUGUUGAAUGAACAAACUGAAAAGUUUUUAUGACAUGCGUCCCAAGGUUUUCAUUGGGAUAUAACCAAUAGCAGCAGUGUAUGACCACCAAUAGCUUUUAGAAAGGUUUGCUAAUAUGAAACUUGUGGACCUGUCUGACAAGAUCAAAAUAACUUGUGAGAUUUUAAGUUUGAAUAUAUGUACAAUGUACACUGUUGUUGUGUCUGUUGUGAAAGCUACA